AUGUUAUCAGGGUUCCCAUUCCUCGAAACUGUAAAACCUUGUUCCUGCGACCACAGUGAUAACAAGGUGGGUUGUAUGGAGAUGGAGAGAGCAGCACUCCUCGACUUCAAAGAAAACCUGACAGAUCGAUGUGGCGACCUCUCUUCUUGGGUGGGUAAUGACUGCUGUAGCUGGAGAGGCAUCCGUUGCAACAAUAGGACUGGCCGUGUGGUCCAGCUUGACCUGGGCGACCCAUGCCAAGAUGGGAGCUGGGGAUUGUCAUCCUUAGUCGGUGAGCCAUUAAAUCCUUUGCUCAAUUUGGAACAUUUGAAUUACUUAGAUCUGAGCACUAACAAUUUUGGAGGGAUCCCUAUCCCUAAUUUCAUUGGAUCAUUCAAGAAGUUGAGAUAUCUCAAUCUCUCUUAUGCUCAAUUUAGUGGAACAAUUCCUUCCCAUCUUGGAAACCUUUCCAACUUGCGUCAUCUAGAUCUUUCAACACGGUUAUUUCCUUUCUACAAAUUGAAUGUCAACUGCCUUGAUUGGCUCUUGGGUAUGUCUUCUUUGGAGUACCUUAACAUGGGAUCUGUGGAUAUGAGCAAACUGGGAACAAAUUGGCUACAAUCAAUUAAUAAGCUUGGUUCUCUUAAAGAGUUAAAGUUGGGUGAUUGUCAACUUCACAGCACUCCUCUCUCUCCCCCAUUCGUUAAUCUUACAUCCCUUUUGGACCUUGAUCUCUCCUUUAACUCUCUCAACAUCUCAAUACUUCCAUUCUUUCUUAAUGUCAGUAGCCUUGUUAAUCUUGAUUUUGGCUACAAUCGUCCCAAAGAUCCUAAUUUGUCUGUCAAUCUCAACAUUAUUGAUCAGAGUAUGCCACCAAAAGCCAAGGAAACUCUUUGCCGAUUGCAGAGUUUAGUUUUGGCAGGUAACAGAAUUGGUGGUGAGGUAGACAAACUUGUGGAUAUCCUGGUGAGAUGCAAAAGGAUAAAGAUGUUAGACUUAAGUUUUAAUCAGUUUAAUGGAUCUUUGCCUGCAUCCAUUGGAAACUUGUCCUCUUUGGACAGCCUAGACCUUUCUGAAAAUCAAUUUACCGGUCCUCUGCCUGCAUCCAUCGGAAACUUGUCAUUGUUAGAGAAGCUAGACCUUUCAUACAAUCAAAUAAAUGGGGCCAUUCCAAUAAAGGUCGGGCAGCUCUCAGGUCUGGUUUACUUGUAUCUCCAUGACAAUUCUUGGGAAGGUGUUCUUUCAGAACAUCAUUUUACAAACCUCACAAGGUUAGAGGCAUUAUUCAUAUCCUCUUCAUCAGGAAAGUCGUCACUGGUUUUCAAUGUGACAAACGAUUGGGUUCCUCCUUUCAAUCUCAAGUAUCUCGUUGUGUCUGACUUACAACUGGGCCCUCGUUUUCCUUCAUGGCUUCAUACUCAAAACCAGCUUUCUUCCAUAUCCUUAACAAAUGUUGGGAUUUCCGAUGAGAUACCCACUUGGUUUUGGAAAUUAUUGUCAAAGUCUGUACGACUGUUGAAUCUCUCUCACAACAAAUUAACUGGAAAGGUGCCAAACUCCUCCGUCCUUCAACAGGGAUCGGAAGUGGAUUUAAGCUUCAAUCGCUUAGAGGGCCAACUACCACUUCGGCAAUUUUGGUCUUCACCAUUACGAUCUCUACAUCUGGGAAAUAACUUGUUCUCCGGUCCUAUACCACCCGAUAUUGGUGGCAACAUUUCAUUGCACUUGCUUUUGUUAGAUCUUUCGUGGAACAAUUUAAGUGGCAGCAUUCCCCCUUCCAUAACUAAAAUAGAAUCCCUAAGACUUCUUAUUCUCUCAAAUAAUCAAUUAUCUGGUGAGCUCCCUUGGGAUUGGGAGGAUUUACAGCAACUGUCGAUUGUAGACUUGGCCAACAAUAGCCUAACGGGUACUAUUCCAAGUUCAUUCAGUUCUUUGGCUUCACUUGAAUGGUUGAUAUUGAGUAACAAUAGCUUUAACGGGGAGCUACCGUCCUUGAAAAGUUGCACAUCUUUAAUGAGCCUUGAUCUUGGUGAGAAUAAAUUUUCUGGAAACUUGAUGACAUUGAUCGGAGAAACCAGUGCUCCCUUGGUGUUUCUACGCUUACGGUCAAACUCAUUCGUGGGAGAUAUUCCAAAACAACUGUGUCAUUUCUCUUCUCUUCAUUUCUUAGACCUUGCUCAUAAUAAUCUGUCAGGUCCCAUUCCUCUGUGUUUUGGCAAUUUGAGUGCUUUCAAUGGUUUAUGGCUUCCUUACGCUAAACGUCUUCGGUAUCAGGGGUAUGAUCAACACAUGAUGAUAAUAGCAAAAGGAAGAGAAGUUGAGUAUAAUACAUAUGGAAUUCUAGACCUUGUAAAGAGCAUAGAUCUUUCCAGCAAUGAUCUAUCAGGGAAGAUUCCUGAUGGAAUCACAAACCUCUCUGGAUUAGGAACAUUGAAUUUUUCAAUGAACCAACUCACAGGAAACAUCCCCGAUAAGAUUGGUGACUUGAAAUGGUUAGAAACUCUUGAUCUCUCAAGAAACCAACUUUCUGGCCAGAUCCCUCAAAGCUUAUCUUCCAUAUCUUCCUUGAAUCAUUUGGACCUUUCUUAUAACAACCUAUCAGGGAGGAUCCCAUCAGGCAACCAGCUCCAAACACUCAACGAUUCUUCCAUUUAUAAUGGUAAUCCCUAUCUUUGUGGGUCGCCACUUUCAAGGAAGUGUGAGGAUGAUGAGAAACCUUCUCAAGGUCCCACAUCCCUUGUUAAUGCUGGUAGUGAAGACAAGGACUCUUCUGAUUCUGAGAUGCAAUGGUUUUAUAUAAGCAUGCUCCCAGGAUUUGUGGUCGGUUUUUGGGGAGUUUGUGGCACUUUACUCUUGAAGAAGUCAUGGAGGCACGCCUAUUUCAAUUUCUUGAAUGAUAUGAAAGAUUGGGUCUUCAUAGUAAUUGCAUUGAGUGUCAUUCGCCUGCAAAGAAAAUUAAAAUUUGGAAGAGUCUAA